CAUUCAAUUGAGUGCUCUUGCAAAGAUCAAAUCGCAAAAUGAAUAAUAAUCAAGUUGAAGAGAACGAAACUCUACGAUCACAAGCUGUUGAACAAUUUAGGGAGUGGAUCCAGAAACAUCCAAAAAUUAAGAAAUGCCGAACAGAUGAAAAGUUCCUUUUGAGAUUUCUCAGGACAAAGAAAUUCUCCAUUCCCGAUGCAUGUCAACUUUUGGAGAAUUAUUUGAGCUCACGCAAAACUUUGCCGCAUCUCUUUGAGAAUUUCAACGUUGAGAAUGCUGAGAUGAAAUAUUUCCUGGAAAAUCAGUGCAUGUAUGUCCUUCCAGAGGUUGACAAGAAAGGACGUACAGUGAUGUUUGCUGAUCUUGGGAAUUUCGAUGGAAAUAUUUGCACUGCAAAGGAUUGCUUAAGAUACGCCAAUUUGGGCUUUGAGUAUUUAAGUCUCGAUGAGAGAUCGCAAUUAAAUGGUGUCGUCACUGUGACCGAUUGUGCGAGAAUAUCAGUGCCAUUUGCAGCUCUUUGGACUCCAACAUAUCUCAAAGACUUUGUUCACUGUUGGCAAAAGACAUAUCCUUUGCGAUUUCAAUUGAUGUAUUACGUCAAUCUACCACCUUUCGUUAACACAAUUUUCAUGAUCUUCAAGUCAUUUCUAAGCGAAAAAAUGAAAAGUCGUCUAAAGGUGGUAAAGAACUAUGAUGAAAUUUCGCAAGAGAUAGGCAUAGAUAUUCUGCCCAAAGAAUUUGGAGGGAAAGUUCCAGCACGUGAUCAUGCGAAAGACUACGAAAAGCGCCUCAUCGUAGCUCAAGAAGAAAUUCUUGCUAUCAAUGACUUAGAUAUUGAAGUUUCAAAAAGCUCCGUUAACUUCGGAAAUUGCUACGAUGCUGACUUGGAUACAGCGAUUGUUGGGAGUUUCCGUAAAAUUCAAGUUGAUUAAGUGAUUCAUUCGCCCAAAAGUAUGUUGAUUCGUAAACGUUUAAAAGCACAUUAAAAGCUCUAAAAUUAUGAAAAAUAUCAUAAUCGAAUAAACAAACAAAUAAUUUAGUAUUAAUAACAAUAUUAUGGGUUUUUAUUAAGAGGAAAUUUUAAUAUUUUUUUUAGAAUUGAAAAUACUUUGCCGAAUCGAAUUUGAUCGAAAUUUCUAUUACUCAUUCGUGGUAGUUUCCAAAUUUAUGAAAUCUCAACAACAAGUGAAACGAACUAAUUAUCAUACCAUAUCAAUGAGCACAAAGGAUGUCUGUCACUCAAUUUCGCAUGGUUUAUUUUUUUAUUAUUUAUGAUUCACAGACAGCUUCCGGAAUUGAAAUAUAUAGAGAUAAAAUGCAAAAUUUGCUGCGUAGUGAGGUAGCAACUUCAUACAUAGUACAUUUUUUUUAUCAAAAAAUCUAUUUCGAUAAGAAGCACGAGUGGAUAGAGGCAAAAUGAAGAAAAUGAAGCGUUUUUGGGCAAAUUCACGAGACAUUUUUGAAACAUGAUGCGAUAAUUUGCUUAAGAGCGAAUGUAUCGAUAAUCACUUUUCCUCCAUAACACGUGAUUUAUUUUCGUGUUAAUGUGUAGCACACAAGUGUUGGGUAAAAUUUUAUCAAAUGACAUGGGAUUAGAGUUGGGGAUUUGUUCUUAGUGACUACCACACGGUGUAUAAUGCGAAAGCUUCCAUUUAUCAUAUGUGCUAAAUUUACGAAAUAUUCGGGAUGAGUUUUAGCAAAAAUUCUGAUAUGAAUACGUGCGUUUAAUGACGUACAUAUUUCUCCUUACAUCUAUAAUAAUAAUAAAUCAUUAGCAUAUUUCAGAUUGCGAAUGACACAGUGAGCAAUCGUGCAGAAAUACAUUUUAUAUUAGGUGUCUAAAUUUGUACCUCUUGAAUUUUAUU